AUUUUGUUUCUUCAUUCAUAUGUUAUAUUCUUUCAUUCGCAAUUGCUUUAACUGCGUGGUUUGAGAAUAAAUAUUUUUGGUAGUUUUGCAUGAGAUUUUAUCAAUUGGCAACACUGGUAUGGCCAGGAAAUCGAUAGAUUAGUUUUGUACAUUACUAAAUUAUACCGAUGCUAAAUUUUUGCUGCUGUCGUAAACGGUGGCUUUAUUUUGGGAAAAUUAUUGUAUUGAAGGUAUAAGCUGUUCUUCGGGAGGAAGCUGAGAAAGAAGUAGAUAUAGGUUUACUAAAGAAAAAAUUAUCGUCCUUGUAAAGUGGUAUAUAGCUUGAUUUUAAAAUGUCUGAAUUGCAAUCCUCUUUGCUAUUAAAAAAACAAUUAGCAGAGUUGAAUAAAAAUCCCGUAGAAGGAUUUUCGGCAGGAUUGAUUGAUGAAAACGACAUAUUUCGAUGGGAAGUUCUCAUAAUAGGACCUCCGGAUACACUUUAUGAAGGAGGUUUCUUUAAAGCGCAUUUGUAUUUCCCGAAAGAAUACCCUUUACGUCCUCCACGAAUGAAGUUUGUGACAGAAAUUUGGCAUCCUAACAUUGAAAAAAACGGAGAUGUAUGUAUUUCUAUUUUACACGAGCCGGGCGAUGAUAAAUGGGGAUACGAAAAGGCAUCUGAACGUUGGUUACCAGUACACACCGUUGAAACGAUAUUGAUAUCUGUGAUAUCAAUGUUGGCUGAUCCAAACGAUGAAUCUCCAGCUAAUGUUGAUGCUGCUAAGGAGUGGAGAGAGUCGUAUCCGGAGUUUAAAAGAAAAGUCGCUAGAUGCGUAAGGAAGAGCCAAGAGGAAUGUUCAUAGAGAUUUGCAGUUUUUUGUUUUUUUAUAUAUAUUUAUAAACAAUUUGGUACAUUCAAAUCAAUUACUUACUUUUUGUCACUUGCAUAGAUAAUAUCUCUUUGGUGACGCUAUUUGCAAAAUUAAAAAACUGUACAUUUUUCAAUCGUUUCAUUUGAAAUGUGGUUUAAAUUAGUCGUUAUUGGAAAGUUGGCACUAAAAGCUAUGUAGUUUAAAAAGUAAUAAUUUUGAUGUGCAAGGAAACAUAAAUAAUUUAUAUAAAGCAUUUAACAAUAAAUUUCUAUCAACUGAAAUAUAA